AUCAGAAGAGGAGCGGCGCUUCAACUUCAAAUAGGUGUCACAGCAGUGCGAGUCACAAUCUUACACCUGCAGGGGCAUUUGUAGUGACAGACUUGGGCAUUUUCAUUUUUUUCUAUAGUUGAAACAUUUACUUUCGAUCUACACUGGGGAUAUACAGGAAGAGACAACCGCAGAUUACACUUUUGCGCUCAGAUUGUUCUUCUCCACUCUCAGCAUGGCUUCAACAACCUGCACCAGGUUUACCGACGAAUAUCAGCUGUAUGAAGAACUAGGAAAAGGAGCGUUUUCUGUGGUGAGAAGAUGUAUGAAAAUCUCCACUGGUCAGGAGUAUGCUGCCAAAAUCAUCAACACCAAAAAGCUGUCUGCCAGGGAUCACCAAAAACUGGAACGAGAGGCCAGAAUUUGCCGUCUACUCAAGCAUGCUAAUAUUGUGAGGCUCCAUGACAGCAUAUCAGAGGAGGGUGUUCACUACCUCGUCUUUGAUUUAGUCACAGGAGGGGAGCUAUUUGAAGAUAUUGUUGCCAGGGAAUACUACAGUGAGGCUGAUGCCAGUCAUUGCAUACAGCAGAUUCUAGAGAGUGUUAAUCAUUGUCACCUAAAUGGCAUUGUACAUCGAGACCUGAAGCCAGAGAAUCUUCUCUUAGCCAGCAAACUAAAGGGUGCAGCAGUGAAACUGGCUGAUUUUGGGCUGGCUAUCGAGGUGCAGGGAGACCAGCAAGCAUGGUUUGGGUUUGCUGGAACUCCGGGUUAUCUGUCUCCUGAGGUGCUGAGGAAGGAGCCUUAUGGCAAACCCGUAGACAUGUGGGCAUGUGGUGUGAUUCUUUACAUCCUUCUUGUGGGUUACCCUCCUUUCUGGGAUGAAGACCAACAUCGACUUUACCAACAGAUCAAAGCUGGUGCAUAUGAUUUUCCCUCUCCUGAGUGGGACACAGUGACACCAGAGGCCAAAGAUCUGAUUAACAAGAUGCUGACUAUAAACCCUGCCAAACGCAUUACCGCAGCUGAGGCUCUCAAACACCCCUGGAUCUGUCAACGUUCCACAGUGGCUUCCAUGAUGCACAGACAGGAGACGGUGGAAUGUCUGAAGAAAUUCAACGCCAGGAGGAAGCUUAAAGGUGCUAUUCUUACUACCAUGCUUGCCACACGGAACUUCUCAAGCAAAAAUCCUUACAAGAAACCUGAUGGUGUUAAGGAGCCUCAAACUACUGUUAUCCACAAUCCCACUGAUGGAAACAAGGAAUCAUCAGAGAGUACCAACACCACUAUUGAAGACGAGGACAUUAAAGCACGGAAACAGGAGAUCAUUAAAGUCACAGAGCUGCUGAUUGAAGCCAUUAAUAAUGGAGAAUUUGAAGCAUAUACGAAGAUUUGUGACCCUGGACUGACUUCUUUUGAGCCUGAAGCUUUGGGAAACCUUGUGGAAGGCACAGAUUUCCACAGGUUCUACUUUGAAAACUCUCUCUCCAAAGGCCACAAACCAAUCCACACCAUCUUGCUGAACCCUCAUGUGCACCUGAUUGGAGAAGACGCCGCGUGCAUCGCUUACAUAAGACUCACCCAGUACAUGGAUGUCAACAAUAUGCCUCGCACCAUGCAGUCUGAGGAGACGCGUGUCUGGCAUCGUCGUGACGGCAAGUGGCAGAACAUCCACUUCCACCGAUCUGGCUCACCAACUGUGCCCACCAAGUGAGUUAACGGCCUCUCCUGUCAGCUGUGCUUCAACAAGUGUCUGUUCAACUCAUAGUUUGCUCUUCUGAGUCUUGUUUACAUUCACCGCUGGACUUCUAGAAUAUAGAGAGCUGGAGAAUCAUUUUGGACCAGGAUAUGAUAUAUUUGUAUGCCAGUACAUUAACAUGUAUUGAGUAUGCUGUUUACACAAUAUACUCAUUUAUGUCAAAAGCAUGUUCUUUCUUAGUACUUUAAUCUUUUUUAAAGGGUUAAAUUUUUGUAACAAAAAUAUAUAUGGAGCCAUCUGUUAGUAAUCUGUGGUGUUUGGGACAAGGUACUGUAUAUCAGAAAUUAAUCAUUCAUUUUUUUCUCUCUUUUAAUUAUUUCGUUUGAUUUAGUUGUUAGUGACAGAUCCCAAAAAUAGCAGGUAUGGUAGAUCAUUUACUUUUAUAAAAUCACAAAUAUGAGCUUGCUUAUGGUUUUCAGUGAUGUACAUUUUGUGAAAUUAUGUGAAGUGCUAUUUCUGCUUUACACUUUGGAGUAUUAAUAGUUUAUUGUUAGCGCACCUAGAAAGAAUUGUAAUGUUUAAUCCAACAAAUUGGAAAAAGGGGAAAGGUUCAGAUUUAUUUAGAUUUAUUUUUUGCUCAUGAAUUGUCACACAGACAUGAUAAAAUGGAUAAAGAUUGUAACAGCUCACGCUGUACUUUUGAAAUGCUAAUUCUAUCUAACACACACAGAUGAUUAGACAUGUUUUCCAGCCUUUGUAAUGAAUUCUCUGAAAUUUUAUUAUGCUGUUGUAACAAUUAUGUACAUUCUCUAACGUGACUGCUAAUGACUCAGUAGCAGGUUGCAUUAUCCUAUUUAGAUUUAAUGAAUAAUGCAUGACGUCCUCUUUUAUUCAUCUUUCAAAACAUGACCACUACCAUCUUUAAUCUUUAAUUAAUACCAUCUUUAAUCAAUACCAUCUUUAAAGUUGGAAUAAAACAACAAAAGUUCUGCUCACAUAAUUUGCUACAAGUGCCCUCAUGCCACAGUGUACCACUCCAUUUACAGACACAUACAUACAUACAUACAUACAUACAUACAUACAUACAUACAUACAUACAUACAUACACACUAUGUCAGACUGUACCACUAUAUAUCAUUAUAGCCUAUGUUACCAGAGGACUUGUUGAUUUCCAAACACAACAUCUAACAAUAAAAUGUGUGAGAUUUGCAA